AUGAUAUCACAUAAGGAGAGAACAGAAUUUGCAGAUAAGGCAGUUGAACAGUUUGGUCAAGAAAAAGUGGAAGUAUAUUUCGUAAUGAUAACGACCACAACAAUCAGAGAAACAGAUAUGGAAGCAUUAACCAAACACAAACACUAUGAACGAGUGAUAUUGAUUCAUCAUAAAUCCGCACAAGAGAAAUACUUUCCUGCAAAUUUGGUACCUUAUUACAAAGCAUUUUUAUUUGGAAAGGGCAGUAGAGACUUGCCAACUUUAUCUACAGAUCAGUGCAGCCAAGAAAGAGAUCUCAAAGAGGCAAACUUUAGUUUAGGAGAAUAUAUAGCAGCACUCAAAUUUGUUGGUGACUAG